GCAAACCCCAGGGUAGCAGCUGGAAGUCUCUGACUCUACACUGUUUGCUGCCUUCCCUGCAUCUCAGAAGACAAAGAAUCACUCCUUGCAGUCAAAGGAAGUGUUUUAAGUACCAGAACAAAUUUGGAUCAUUUAAUUGAUGUUACUGGCUUCAUCUCGGGCUGACCUUGGAAUCUCCCAUGCUCUGCCCUCUUCUACCAGACCUCUGUGUUCCAUUUUGGAAGAAGACUAAAAAUGGGGCUUCCAACGUGGACACUGAAGAAACAAUUUCUUAUCCUUUUAAAUAUGGUUCUAAUUUCCAAACUUCUUGGGGAUAGAUGGUUUCCUAAAACCUUGCCCUGUGAUGUCAGUCUAGAUCCUUCAAAUACCCAUGUGAUUGUGGACUGCACAGAUAAGCACUUGACAGAAAUUCCUAAAGGUAUUCCCACCAAUGCCACCAACCUCACCCUCACUAUUAACCACAUACCAAGCAUUUCCCCAGACUCCUUCCACAACCUGGACCAUCUAGUAGAAAUCGAUUUCAGAUGCAACUGUAUACCUAUUCGAACCGGGCCCAAAAACAACGUGUGUACCAGAAGGCCACAGAUUAAACCCAGAAGCUUUAGUAGACUCAUUUAUUUAAAAUCCCUUUACCUGGAUGGAAACCAACUUCUAGAGAUACCUCAGGACCUUCCACCAAGCUUGCAGCUUCUGAGCCUUGAGGCCAACAAUAUCUUUUUCAUCAUGAAGGAGAACCUAACGGAACUGGUCAACAUAGAAAUGCUCUACUUGGGCCAAAACUGUUAUUAUCGCAAUCCUUGUAAUGUUUCCUAUUCAAUUGAAAAAAAUGCCUUCCUAGACCUUAGAAAUUUAAAAGUGCUCUCACUGAAAGCUAACAACAUCACAGCUGUCCCCACUCUUUUGCCAUCUAAUUUAACAGAACUAUAUCUUCACAAUAACAUCAUCACUAAGAUCCAAGAAGAUGAUUUUAAUAGCCUCAACCAAUUGCAAAUUCUUGACCUAAGUGGAAAUUGCCCUCGUUGUUAUAAUGUCCCGUUUCCUUGCACGCCCUGUGAAAAUAAUUCACCUCUGAACAUUCACAUAAAUGCUUUUGAUGCAUUGACAGAGCUACAGACAUUACGUCUACACAGCAACUCUCUUCAGCAUGUGCCCCCAAGAUGGUUUAAAAAUAUGAAAAAUCUUAAAGUACUAGACCUUUCCCAAAACUACCUGGCCAAAGAAAUUGGGGAUGCCAAAUUUUUGCAUUUUAUCCCCAACCUCAUCCAAUUGGAUAUGUCUUUCAAUUAUGAACUUCAGGUCUACCAUACAUCUAUAAAUCUAUCACAUUCUUUUUCUUCAUUGAAAAACCUGAAAAUUUUGCGAAUUAAAGGAUAUGUUUUUAAAGAACUGAAAAGCUUUAAUCUUUCUCCAUUACAUAAUCUUCACAACCUUGAAGUUCUUGAUCUAGGCACUAACUUUAUAAAAAUUGCUAACCUCAGCAUUUUUGAACAAUUUCAAAAUUUGAAAGUCUUAGAUCUUUCAAUGAAUAAAAUAUCACCUUCAGGAGAUUCAAGUGAAACUGGCUCCUGCUCUAACACUAUAACUUCUGUAGAAAGCCAUGGACCCCAGGUCCUUGAGACAUUACAUUAUUUCAGGUAUGAUGAGUAUGCAAGGAGUUGCAGGUUCAAAAACAAGGAGACUCCUACCUUGGCUUUUAAUAAUGAUUGCUAUAUGUAUGGGCAAACCUUGGACCUGAGUAGAAACAAUAUAUUUUUUAUCAAGCCCUCCGAUUUUCAGCACCUUUCCUUCAUUAAGUGCCUCAACUUGUCAGGAAAUGCGAUUGGCCAAACUCUCAAUGGCAGUGAAUUCCAGUAUUUACAACAGCUGAAAUACUUAGACUGCUCUAAUAACCGGCUUGAUUUACUUUAUUCAACAGCAUUUGAGGAGCUUCACAACCUGGAAGUUCUGGAUUUAAGUAGCAACAGCUAUUAUUUUCAAUCAGAAGGAAUUACUCACAUGCUCAACUUUACCAAGAACCUAAAGUUUCUGAAGAAAUUGAUGAUGAACAAUAAUGACAUCUCUACCUCCACCAGCAGGACCAUGGAGAGCAAAUCUCUCAAAAUUCUGGAAUUCAGAGGAAAUCACUUAGAUAUUUUAUGGCGAGAUGGUGAUAACAGAUAUUUAAAUUUCUUCAAGAAUCUGCUAAACUUAGAAGAAUUAGACAUCUCUAGAAAUUCCCUGAAUUUCUUGCCUCCUGAUGUUUUCGAUGGGAUGCCUCCAAAACUGAAGAACCUCUCUUUGGCCAAAAAUGAGCUCAAAUCUUUCAACUGGGGAAAACUCCAGUUGCUGAAGAAUCUGGAAAUUUUGGAUCUCAGCCACAACCAACUGACAACUGUCCCUGAUAGAUUAUCCAACUGUUCCAGAAGCCUCAAGAAAUUGAUUCUUAUGAGGAAUCAAAUCAGACAUCUGACAAAGCAUUUUCUAGAAGAUGCUUUCCAGUUGAGAUAUCUAGACCUCAGUUCAAAUAAAAUCCAGAUUAUCCAAAAAACUAGCUUCCCACAAAAUGUCCUCAACAAUCUAGAGAUGUUGCUUCUACAUCAUAAUCACUUUCUGUGCAAUUGCGAUGCUGUGUGGUUUAUCUGGUGGGUCAAUCAUACAGAGGUGACUAUUCCUUACCUGGCCACAGAAGUGACUUGUAUGGGGCCAGGAGCACACAAAGGCCAGAGUGUUGUCUCUCUGGAUCUGUAUACCUGUGAGUUAGACCUGACUAACCUGAUUCUGUUCUCGUUUUCCAUAUCUGUAGCUCUCUUUCUGAUGGUGGUUAUGACAGUAAGUCACUUGUACUUCUGGGAUAUGUGGUAUAUUUACCAUUUCUGUAAGGCCAAGAUAAGGGGGUAUCAGCGUCUGCGAUCAGCAGAGUGUUGCUAUGAUGCUUUUAUUGUGUAUGACACUAAAGACCCAGCUGUGACAGAGUGGGUUUUGGAUGAGUUGGUGGCCAGGUUGGAAGACCCAAGAGAGAAACAUUUUAAUUUAUGUCUGGAAGAAAGGGACUGGCUACCAGGGCAGCCAGUUCUGGAAAACCUUUCACAGAGCAUACAGCUUAGCAAAAAGACGGUGUUUGUGAUGACAGAAAAGUAUGCAAAGACUGAGAAUUUUAAAAUCGCAUUUUACUUAUCCCAUCAGAGGCUCAUGGAUGAAAAAGUAGAUGUGAUUAUCUUGAUAUUCCUUGAAAAGCCCCUUAAGAAGUCCAAGUUUCUUCAGCUCCGGAAAAGGCUCUGUGGAAGUUCUGUCCUUGAAUGGCCAACAAAUCCACAGGCUCACUCGUAUUUCUGGCAGUGUCUUAAAAAUGCUCUGGCCAUGGACAAUCAUGUGGCCUAUAGUCAGAUGUUCAAGGAAACUGUCUAGUUAUUCUUUCCUAAAUGUGACCACUUAACUUACCCAGGUAAUGCCUGGCUGCGUGAAUUUCCUCAAAAAUACAUCAUUGAAAGAGUGUUUUGGAAUUCUCCAAAAGCUGGGAUUUCCCAUAUGAGAGGGGAGCCACCAAUGUAUGGCAAAGGAAUAGGAAAGAUGGUAUUUAUGUAAUGCAUCAAGUUUUCUUUCUUAUUUUUUAUAGUUCCUUUUGCCUGUGAAUCUCUUGACUUAGCUCUUGUAUAAAAUACUGUUGGCAGAAGGAUGGCAAAGAGAAAGCUCAAGACUCUGCUUCACCUGCAACUGUAAUUAUUACAUGCAUAUGCAGUGAUGAUAUUGAGAAGAACCACAUUUUUACCAUUAACAAGUACUGACGUGUUCCAAAAUAGGAUGAAAUAUACUUAAGCUCUGUCUACAUGACACAAAACGGUACCAGAGUUGGUUUAGUGAGAAAAAAAUCUCACUUAACUCCUCAACAGAUUGCUUCAGCAUCCUCUAGUGUCUUUGCUGCAGACCAAAUGUUGACUCUUUUCCCUUUGGUUUGUCUAUGGGCUCAAUAGGGAAACAGGGAAAUGACUUUACCAUUAAUGGACAUAGUCUACCUACAAAUGGAAAAAGAUUAAAUUAUCUACUUUUGUGCAAAAUGAUGCCUAUUACCUUUGAUGACAGUCUACUUGCUGAAAUAGUUAUAUCUGCACUGCAAAACCCUGUAUCCAAACUAACAACCACAUUCAAUGAUCUUUGAAAUUAUUUUGUUAAUUAAUUCAAUACAUUUGUAAAUAUCUGCAACUUUAAUAUACCAGCAUUAGAUGGUUUUGAUGGUAAAUGCAAAAAGAAGAUGGAAAGAGCAUGUAUUUAUUUAUAGUUAUCAAGAAGAAAUGAGAUGCAUAAUGAUAACAUGAAUUCCUUUCAUUUUUAAUGGAAGGAGGCGAAGAAGCAGAGAUUGAUAGACGUUCACAUUGACAAAUCCUCAGUUUUGAACUUCAAUUCAUAUUCAAAGACAUCAGAAAGAACUAAGAUAUUAUUAAGGCAAACUGGGUAUAAAUUCACAUGAGUACAAAGUUUGUAAUCUGAGCAACUUGCUUUAUUCUGUGAAAAAUUAUCUACAAAGUUGUCUGUAUUAUUUUGAAAAUAAAGUGUAUAGGUUCCAGUUCUGGAGCACUAGCUUGGAGAAAUUGUAUUUUUCUUAUGUAGAAAUGUCAAAAGUUUUAACAGUAGCUAUGAAUACAUAGUAUAUGAAUCAUUUCCAAAGGAUAUUUUAUGAAUUCAUGAGAGACAUAAAUUCCCAAAUUAAGCUCUAGAAUGAUAAAGAGGCAAUUACGUUGCUAGAGUCAACUAUUUCAUAACUUCUUUCAGCUUUGUUGUGCUUAAUAGACUUCUUUCUUCCUCAGUAAGAACAAAAAAUGUGCUCCUGACCAUUAUCAAUUUUCUUCUAUUAAAACACAAAUGUAUAAAGU